UAAAACGUAGUGAUUAUAUUCUCUUUGCUUACCACCAGCACAACUACUUAUACAAUGGAAGCGAAGCUUAAUAAAAGAUAAAAUUGUUUUGAUCAAAGAGUAUCUAAUCAAUGUUAUAUAUAGUUUUUAUGUUUAUUCUGAAGUUUGGUAUGUAUAAGUUUGACAAUUUCAAGUCCAUUAAACCAAAGAGAUUUUAUUUACGGAAAUUACAAAACUCAAUGACAAUAUAUUAUAAUUCUCUUUGCUCAAUAUCAAAGAGCAUUAAUACUCAAUGAUUAGUAGAAAAAUCAAAAAUAAAAUUUUAUUGAUUUAAUAAUUAUAAUAGAUGCCAAUCACAACAAAUUGGAAUUGGAUAAAUAUAAUAUAUUUUACUUCAAAGGGUUUUUAGAAAAACAUGAGUGCAGAAGUACAAUUUCCGAAAAAGCGUAGGCUGCCGAAACUAAUGGCGUGCAUGACUAAAACCAGCUUAGAAAACCUAAGGAGCAAAGCGCUGUUCAGUUUAGAUGUCCUCGACGCGAAGGGAAUUAGAAGGCAGAAAUUGCCGCUGCACGAAUGUUUGAUUUUAGAACUGAGAGAGUCAGGUUAUACAGAAUCUUCGGAUUAUCUCCAAGACCUAAUUUACGACAAUAUUCAACUCGUCGCCGAAGAUGACAUAGGCAUUGUAGUGGAUCUACGCAAGAGAGAAGAUUAUUUGGAGCAUAUUUGUGCUGGACUGCAAAGGGCUGAAAAAGAGAGAGAUAAAGAGAAUACAAAGAAGGAAUGUUUAGAACUUCUUGAUUUAGCAAUGCAUUAUGCCGAAAAGGAAAAGGGAAUAUUAUGGCUGGCGGAGAAAUUUUUCUUGGCGUCCAUAGCGGUUGGAAGUCAGUAUAUGAUUGACGGUGGACGCCAAAAAGGCUGCUGUAAAUACCAUUAUGCCAAAUUCCUUUUGGAUAAAUUUCCAGGGGCAGAUACAGAUGAACCGUCUCAAAUACUGACCGAAGUUCGAGACAGCGCUAUCGGAAAGACCUGGCCUCUUUAUGAAGCAAAAGAUGAAAAUGAGGAAGUGCCAUCCGACACGGUGUUUUCUGCUACCGCGAUACAACUGCACAGGGUUUUGCUGAACAAAGCAAGGGCUGUCUACGCAACGGAUCCAGCCAAAGCAGAAAGACUUUCGAGACUUGCUGAAAGGAGGGCGAGAGAUGCCAACGCAACGGACAAAACAGCCGAAGCUAUAAUCCAAAUAGGUGUUUGCCAAUUGGCUAUGAACAACUUGAACAAUGCGCAGAAGACAUUUGAAAGGGCUUUCAAAAUGCAUACGGACAGCAAUAAUCUAGAAGGUUUGUGUGAAACGAGAAUGCAUCUAGCCGCUGUUAUGCAACGCUUGGGAGACCAUGAGACGGCUGCUCGAUUGCUCACAGAAAUGGGUGCAAUUGCUAUGGAACAUGGACUGAGGAAGCAACUUGGAGAAGCCCUGCAUUUACUUGGGGAGUUGCACCUGAGAAGGGAGCGACCGGAUCUUGGCACUCACCAUCUCUCGGAGGCCUUUUCAUGUUUUAUGGGUUUUGGAUUUAAACCGUCGAAAUCCGAAUUGGUGAUUGACAAAGAGUUGGGUGGUUCAAAAGAUGUUAUUCAUAUAUAUGAAUCGCAUAGGAAACAAGUAUUCGAAGAAGAAGCCGAGCAGUCCAGACUCAUGAUGGCGGUGUCUGCGGGCCAAGAACUUAUGGCUUCGUACUUCAAUCUGUUAAGAGAAGCUGGAACGUGUUCAAUCGCAAAGAUGAAGACUAUUGAAUGGAAAUUAUCUAAAGCUGGUUGGUGGGUGCAAAGGUUACAUCAUGAUUAUUUGCCUUGCAUGUGCCCAAUUCAUAAUCGUACUCCAUUGGACGUGCUACGGAUUCAAUUAGAGACGAAGGCUAAAUCGGAACUAGCAGUGGACUAUUCACAGGGAGGUUCUUUACUUCAAAGAAUUGAUACGGUUGAGGAUAUAACAAAACUUCGCAGCAGUUAUCACACGUCAAGCCGCAUGUAAAGGAAUUCUAUGACCUC